AUGUACGUUUAUCCUCUCAAAAUGAAGCCAGGAAACCAGGAAAACACAAAACCAGUCGAAGAUCCAUUUAAUGAAGACGAAGACACUUCAGAAUGGGACAGUGAUGACGAUGAUAUCCCGUGGGACAAAUACGAAGUUCCGAAAGGUUUAAAGACAACACCAUUCCUUGAGUUUGUCAAAGUUUAUACAGAAAAACUAUAUGAAGAAUAUCCAGGUGUUAAUGCCAAUGAUGAAGCACGAUGCACUAUUGGUACUUGGAAAGAAUUAGACAAAAAAGAAAGACAUAAAUACUUUGAAUUAGCUAGGAAAAAGAACAACAUGAAACCAGCAAAUCUGGAAAGCACAAAACAUGUCGAAGAUCCAUUUAAUGAAGACGAAGACACUUCAGAAUGGGACAGUGAUGACGAUGAUAUCCCGUGGGACAAAUACGAAGUUCCGAAAGGUUUAAAGACAACACCAUUCCUUGAGUUUGUCAAAGUUUAUACAGAAAAACUAUAUGAAGAAUAUCCAGGUGUUAAUGCCAAUGAUGAAGCACGAUGCACUAUUGGUACUUGGAAAGAAUUAGACAAAAAAGAAAGACAUAAAUACUUUGAAUUAGCUAGGAAAAAGAACAACAUGAAACCAGCAAAUCUGGAAAGCACAAAACAUGUCGAAGAUCCAUUUAAUGAAGACGAAGACACUUCAGAAUGGGACAGUGAUGACGAUGAUAUCCCGUGGGACAAAUACGAAGUUCCGAAAGGUUUAAAGACAACACCAUUCCUUGAGUUUGUCAAAGUUUAUACAGAAAAACUAUAUGAAGAAUAUCCAGGUGUUAAUGCCAAUGAUGAAGCACGAUGCACUAUUGGUACUUGGAAAGAAUUAGACAAAAAAGAAAGACAUAAAUACUUUGAAUUAGCUAGGAAAAAGAACGGCAUAAAAUAA